GUCCUGGGGGAUUCAGGGGGGAUGGACGAUCUCAAAGCCAGCAUGGAGGAGAAGUUCAUGGCCAACAACCCCUCCAAGGUGUCGUAUGAACCAAUCAGCAGCACCCUCCGCAGGAAACAGGAAGAGGUGUCUGCGGUGGUGAUCCAGCGCUCGUACAGGAAGCACCUCCUGCGGAGAGGCAUCCGUCUGGCCGCCCUCAGGUUCAGGACGGGGGGGGGGGCAGAAGGCCUGCUGUUCGGGGAGCCCCGCACCCCCCAGGUGCAGCUGCAGAGCGACAUCUUGCUGCACGCCGCCCCCCCCCACCUCCUGCCUGAUGAGAGCCUGAGGGAGUCAACUGUCUGAGAAUCUCAUUAUUAUUAUUAUUAUUCCACUUCCUGUCUGCUAACUCAGAGACGAGAGACCUUCGUUAUGAAGCACAUCUGUUUCCUGUGGAGGACAGGAAGUGGCUCAGACUUCCUGUCAGCGAUGGUUCUCUAUAUAUACAUUUAAAUAUGCAUAAUAUUAAAUACACACUGUGUAUUGGUGACUUGAUUGGGUAAAACUAAUGACCUUUUAUUGUUUACUAUGUCAUGUUCAAUAAUCAUUUAUUUAUUAAAUAUUUAAUAACUGUAGUCAAGUCAGUUUUAUUUUUGGUAUGCCAACAUCACGGAUCAGGAGCUUUAUAAAAAUGUAAUAAAAGUGUAAAAAUAUUUCAAAAGUUUCAACAUAUGAAGAAUAUGGAUCAGGAAUAACAAACAGUAUUUGUACUUUUAUAGAUGUAUUAAUUUAUAGUUGUGUAAAAAACGAUCCACAGAUGAAACUGUAAACUUGGUAAACCAGUGGGAGACACAACAUAAAUAUAACAUCUACAUUUAAUAUAAAGCUUUUCUCUCUCCUCUGUUUUAUAAUGUGUGCAUCAAGUUUUAAAUUAUUCACUAGUGACAAAGUCUUCCUGUGAUUGGUCGAUUUGAAAUCCAUUGAAAAA